AUGAACAAGACGCAAGUCAAUCUUGAACUUCCCAAACCUCCCUCCAUUCCCUACGGACGUCCCAACUGCACCUCUCCUCCAACUUUCACUCGGGAAAUUAUUAUCAGGAGACCCCACCGAGUUCGACCGACUUUUCUCAAAGCAUCAGUUGAUAUCGGAUUCUUCUAUCUCGAUUUCCGGGACUCAGAGCUUGGAGCAUCUCUGCUACGAGAUACAGAUGAGCUAUUUAAUGUUGGGAAGACACUCUUCGAGUUAAGUCUGGAGGAGAAAAAGAAGCAUGACUUCAGUGCUCAGAACUCCUACUUUGGGUAUAAGGGACAGGGAGUUGCGGUGAUUGAUACAGAUGGGAAUUUGGAUCGAAAUGAAUUCUAUAAUGCAUCAAAAGAUGAUAUCUUGGGCAUAUCGAAUCAACUCCCUGCACCAAAUAUCCUCCAACAGGAAGAAACCCGUCCCCUCCUCAAAUCCUUCAUGUUAAACUCUCACAAAAUCGUUACUCUCAUCCUUAAAAUCCUAAAUGAUAAAUUGGGUCUUCAACCAAACAUACUCCCGAAUCUCCAUCGUCAAACCUCUCCAAGUGGUGAUCAAGUCCGCUGGGUUAAAGCACCCCCACAACCUCUCUCUGAUAGAAGGGUAGCGUUGGGUCAACAUACAGAUUUUGGUUCAAUAACAGUUCUGAUGAAUCGACUUGGUGGUUUACAGGUUCAAUUACCUGCAAAUGGAAGUGAAGGUGAAUGGGUAUAUGUUCGUCCGAUGCCAGGAUUUGCGGUGAUUAAUCUUGGUGAUGCCAUGGUCAAAUUUACUAAUGGAUUAUUGAGAUCCAAUAUUCAUCGUGUUAAUGCCCCUCCUGGUGCUCAGGCGGAUUACAUGAGGUAUAGUUUGGUUUAUUUUGCUAGGCCUGAGGAUCAGGUUCUUUUACGCAGAUUGGAUGGAAGUAAUAUUCCGGAGUUACAGGUUGCAGAGCAGGAGGUUUGUAGUAAGGAGUGGACUAUUAGGAGGGCACUUGGGAGGAGAGUGGAUCUGGGGAAAGAGAUUGAUUUUGAGAAGGCGGCUGGGACUGAGGAGAUUAGUCGACGGAGGAACUUGAAUUAG